AGAUCCUCUACAACCGCACCAUGGUCCAGCUGGGCAUCUGCGCCUUCCGCCAGGGCCUGAUCAAGGACGCGCACAACGCCCUGCUGGACAUCCAGAGCUCCGGCCGCGCCAAGGAGCUGCUGGGCCAGGGGCUGCUCCUGCGCAGCCUCCAGGAGCGCAACGCCGAGCAGGAGAAGGUGGAGAAGCGGCGCCAGGUGCCCUUCCACAUGCACGUCAACCUGGAGCUGCUGGAGUGCGUCUACCUGGUGGCGGCCAUGCUGCUG